CGCAGGGUGAAAAACAUCCACUGACAGUAGCAAUACAAAGACUAUUGAGACCGCGUUGUGAGGUUUGGGGGCUGAAGCCAGGUGAGAGUGGGUAAGGGAUGAGUGGACUAUGAGAAAAUUGAGUCAUCAAGGUUAAACGUUUUUAUGAAUCUUGGCAGAGGCAAUAUUCGGUAGGCUCAGCCUCCGGUGUGGUGUCCAGGAAAUUUUUGUUAUUUUUACUGUGCCUGGGAGAGACUUGACCAGCUGAUGGGAUUGUUAGCAAGGGAAUAAGGAAAGAAAGGUUGAGAAGGGUGAACUUCCUCAGAAGAUUGAAAGAGAUGGGAUUCAGAGGACAGAUGGAGGGAACUGGUCUUGGAUAGGAGGAGGAAAUACCACUUCCUUUGUAACAGGAAGAAGGGAAGAAACUUAGGUGGGGAUGGAAACCAGUUUGUAGAUAUGGCACUUGUAAUUUUAGAGUUCCCAUUUCUGUGAAAGAGGUAGUCAGCUGAGAAUCUCUGGAGAGCGAAGAAUGGGAGAAGGUUUCAAAUUGUUAUGAAGAGUGAAUGUGACACUCUCAGUGAUGGAGAAGUUUUUCACGUAUUGCAGUAUAGGGAAGUCAUUCUGGCUUAUACGUGGUUCUGCCUGAACUUUGUGUGAACUGAAACACAGCCUGACUUACGGCCUGUCAAACACUUAUACAGCACAUCUACUUUAACCAUUAAGAUAAAGAAUGUCCUCUUCGAAGAUAAGGAUAAAUAGCUCUCUUCCUGUGGCAUCCAUUAACACUUUCUUGAAGCCAUUCCUGCCAUGUAAGACACUCCCCCCGGCCCAAUAGGAUCAUCACCUGGAGGCUUACUUUUAGCUCCGCACAGGCCACACUCCUGAGGGGUCUUGAGGUGACAGCGACUGCGAUUCAGCAGGAGGAGGAGAAGAUGGACAAGGGGAAGGCCGGGCGACGGCGAUCUUCAUCCGUGGGUCCAGGUGAUGGCUGCAUAUUAUGCAGUGUCUGAUGAACCAUAAUUGAAGUUCAAAACCAGAAUCUACAAUUAAUCAUGAAAUUGUCACAGAAGGGAAAAGGAAAAAGCCUUCAUCUUUGGAGUUACAUAAGCCUUCUCAUGAAAUCUUUGCAGCACAGCAGCUUCAGGGUAUCCAAGAUUUUUUUUAACCUAUGGCUUACGGCUCCCAAGGCAUCUAUACUGAGAGACAGAGAGAGACGGAAAAAAAGAGGGAGGAAGGAAGGGAAAACACACAAAUAUUGCUACAUGAAGGAUAAAAAAGAUGUUAAAUGCAAAACCAGAGGAUGUUUGUGUUAAGUCACCAUUGUCCAAACUCAGAAGCUCAGAACGCUGGGAUCUUUCUUUGCAGGGGUGGAAAAGGAGCCUAAGAAAUAAGGUCCUCUCUGUAGACCAUAAAAGUAAAAAAGGUGUACGUGGGCGUCCUGUCACUUCUAAGACAUCAGCAGAAAGGCAACUCAAAGUUAUGUUGACGAAUGUCCUAUGGACGGAUUUAGGACGAAAAUUCAGAAAGACCCUACCUAAAAAUGAUGCUAAUUUAUGUGAUGCCAGCAAGGUGCAAUCAGACUCAUUGCCUUCGACAUCUGUUGACAGCCUAGAGACAUGUCAAAAAUUAGAACCUCUUCACCAAAGCCUUAAUUUAUCUGAAAGGAUACCCAGAGUUAUAUUGACGAAUGUCCUGGGAACGGAGUUAGGAAGAAAAUACAUAAAGACCUCACCUGUAACUGAGGCCAGUUUGGGUGAUACAGACAACUUGCAAUCAGAGCAGCUUUCUUCAUCAUCUGAUGGCAGCCUAGAAUCUUGUCAAAAUCUAAAUCCUCACAAGAGCUCCUUUUUAUCUGAAAGGAGUUCACAACCAAGUCAGACAGACAAUAAUUAUGCAAAGCAGGCUGCACACACUAAAGAAAAGCGAAGAGAUGAUGAUAGCAUUUCACUUGUAAUGUCUGAUACUCAACCUAAAGACCUCAAUAGGGGAAGUAGAGGUUGUGAUCAUCUUGAAGAGGGGAGCAGAAACAAGGAUAAUACAAAUUCUGAUUCAAAAAUGGAAUCCACUCUGAUUUCCAGGAAGAGGAAACAAAGGCUUAGAAGUAAUUUACCUGGUUCUCUUAAUCCUACUUCUUUGUAUAAGUCAGCAGAACAGACAAAAGAACAAGAAAAUGACCCAACAGUAUCCACUGAGUUGGAAAAGUCAAGUGAAAACUAUCAGGAGGACCCAAAACUGCUUGAAGAAAUUAUGCUUGAACCCAUAGAAAGUGAUUUUACUAAACUAUCCUCGCUUUGUAGUCAGGAGUUGGCUUUGAGUGCUGCUCCCCAAAUCACCUCUGAAUGUUCAACCACUAAAACUUUUGAGAGCUGUAUUUCUACUGAUACUGUGGGGAAUUGUCCUGUGGUCGAGAAGGAUGAGAAUGAAUUGAACACAGUAGAAAAACCUGUUUUAAGUGAACAUAGUGAAGGGAACCAAUCAUUUAUCUCUGCUGAACCAAUUGUUGUUUCCAGUGAUGAAGAAGGACCUGUUGAACAUAAAAGUUCAGAAAUUCUUAAAUUACAACCUAAGCAAGAUCAUGCCAUCUCUAAUGAAAGUGAGAGUACUUCUGAGCCAGCAAUGUCAGAACUACCACUGAUUACAUGUGAAUCUGUACGGGCUUCAUCUGAAUUAUGUCAAUAUAAUCCUGUCAUGGAAAACAUUUCCUGUGUUAUACCUAGUAAUGAGAUGGAUCUACAACUGGAUUUUAUAUUUACUUCUGUUUAUAUUGGUAAAGUAAAAGGAGCUUCUAAAGGUUGUGUUACAUUCACGACAAAGUAUAUUAAGAUUCCAUUUCAAGUGUCCCUGCAUGAGAUUUCAUUGCUAGUGGAUACUACACAUUUAAAGCGGUUUGGAUUAUGGAAAAAUAAAGAUGAUGAUCACAGUAAAAGAAGUCAUGCUAUCCUCUUUCUUUGGAUCUCCUCAAAUUAUCUUCAAGAGAUUCAGACCCAAUUAGAAAACUCUAUGUUAAGCCAGCAAUCAAAAUCCACUGAAUUCAUUUUCCUUGAGCUACACAGUUCUAUUUCACAGAGAGAAGAAUUGAAAUUGCAAGACAUUAUGACAGAAAUAAGUACAGCCAAUGGAGAAUUAGAGCUUUCUUAUCCACUGUCUUGGGUUCAAGCACUUCCUUUAUUUCAGAACCUCUCUUCAAAAGAAAGCUCUUUUAUUCAUUAUUACUGUGCUUCAACUUGUUCUUUCCCUGUUGCUACUGCUGAAGAAAUGAAGAUGAAAUCAAUAUCUCAGCCCUCAAAUACAGAUACAGCCAAGCCUACUUACACCUUACUGCAGAAGCAAAGUAGUGGUUGCUACUCACUUUCUAUUACAUCGAAUCCAGAUGAAGAAUGGCGAGAAGUCAGGCCCACUGGACCUGUUCAGAAGUUGAUUGUAUAUCCUCCACCACCUACUAAAGGGGGCUUAGGAGUAACUAAUGAAGAUCUGGAGUGCUUAGAAGAAGGAGAGUUUCUUAAUGAUGUAAUCAUUGAUUUCUACCUUAAGUAUCUUAUAUUGGAGAAGGUGUCAGAUGAACUUGUUGAACGAAGUCACAUUUUUAGUAGCUUUUUCUACAAAUGCUUGACAAGAAAGGAAAAUAAUUUAACAGAAGAUAAUCCAAAUCUUUCAAUGGCUCAGAGAAGACAUAAGAGAGUAAGAACAUGGACUCGUCACAUAAACAUCUUUAAUAAAGAUUACAUCUUUGUGCCUGUAAAUGAGUCGUCUCACUGGUAUCUUGCAGUCAUUUGUUUUCCAUGGUUAGAAGAAGCUGUGUAUGAAGAUUUUCCACAAACUAUAUCCCAGCACUCCCAGGCUCAGCAAUCCCAACAUGACAACAAAACAAUAGAUAAUGAUCUGCAUACUUCUUCAGCACUAUCCUUGGGUACAGAAGAUUCUCAAAGUCCUGAGAUGAAUAUGUCAGUACCAAAGAAAAUGUGUAAAAGGCCAUGCAUUCUCAUACUAGACUCCUUGAAAGCUGCUUCUGUACAAAACACAGUCCAGAAUUUACGAGAGUAUUUAGAGGUAGAGUGGGAAGUUAAACGAAAAACUCAUCGUGAAUUCAGCAAAACAAACAUGGUGGACCUAUGCCCUAAAGUUCCUAAACAAGAUAAUAGCAGUGAUUGUGGAGUAUAUUUACUGCAAUAUGUGGAAAGCUUCUUUAAGGAUCCUAUUGUUAACUUUGAGCUUCCAAUUCAUUUGGAGAAAUGGUUUCCUCGUCAUGUAAUAAAGACCAAACGGGAAGAUAUUCGAGAGCUCAUUUUGAAACUUCAUUUACAGCAACAGAAGGGCAGCAGUAGCUAGUUAAUCUGUACAAACAUGACACAGAUGUUCUAUACGAUUACUGGAAAGCUGCUUAUCAGCAUUUGUGUUAGCCAGCUCACAGAGAAGAAAAUAACUUGCAGUAGUUUUAUAAGUCACUGUACAUUAUUUAAAAUAUAUAAGAUAUAAUAUUAGGAUUGUUAGGAUCUCAUAGAUGGAGUGGAAAUGGGGGUGAUAUAGAUAAAGUCAUUAGAUAGAAAUUAAAAUUUCAUAAAUAUUUGAUAUUUUUCUGAUUAAAUAUGCUUGGAUUAUGCAAUAGCAUAUGUAAUGUGGGAAUGUUUUUAUAGAUAAUAAAACUAUGUGAUCUGUACUUCCACAUAACUGGGAGUUGAAGGGAGUUAGGUCCUCCCUGGUGCCAGCCCCAGUGCUUGUCAAAUUCGUUGACAAGUCACAUUAUAUUGUAAUUCUAUUCUUUGCAGCUCAAGCAUGCAAUAUGAAUACUGUGUAUUUUUUUUUUUUUAAAGAAUUUAGUAUCAAGGCUUCAGAAAAUGCCAUUUACGGCAUCCCUUCUGUAUAGUGUGAGAGAAGACAUAAUGUUAGGAAGGUGAUAAAAAUUCACUCAUUCAAUGCGCAGCUUAUUUUUCUCAGUUGCUAGGUGGAACCAUUACUCUAUUCUAAUUGUUGUUUGUUUUCCAUUUCUUUUGAUGUCAUGUGUGGGGAUCUGAGAAUUUAGUUCAUUCAUUCAGAGUGAAAUUUGGAAGAAAAAUUUAGCUAUCCAAAAUAGGUUUUUAAAAAUUGUAUAUGUAGCUUAACUUAGUUUAUUUGAGGUAUAGCUAUAUAAAUAUUGACUUCUGUCCUAUUCUGACAUCCCAGAAUAUAUGUACACAGUUUCUGUAAGUAUAGAAGAUAAAAUUGGUGACUUUAUAACUUUAAUUAAAAAAAUAUCCUCAAAGUCUUCUAUAUUAAUCGUUAGGACUAAAUACAUAAUUUUAUAGCUGUUUACCCAGUGUUCAUCUGCAAAAGCCAGAUUGCUCUCAUUGCUUUUGUAGUUUUAUAAGGACAUGUGAUCCCCAUGGAGCAUAAGUUUUUGUUAAACAUUCAGGUAACAGUUCUGAAUUGAUGUGAUGAUGGUGGUAUUACAUAUGAUUAAACACUUCAUAACUUUCUAAUGUUAUCAGGAAUAUUUUGAGGGGAUGAUUAUAUUGUAUUUUCUCAGACAAGAAAAAUGUUUUUUAAUCUUCUGUUUUAAGCAUCUCUUUACACUGUUACUGUAUAUAAAGCAGUGAAGCAAAGGCAAUUUAAGAUGAAGCUAAAAGUCGGAACAUUUUAUUUCAAAAUCUUGUGAAUUGAGGUUGUCAGUUAAGCCUUAGUGUCCUUAAGUUUCUGUUAAUCUUGUCAUCAUCUUUAUAUUGUUCAAGAUAUUUGUCCUUUGGAGAUUUCCUAUAAAGAUGGUUAUAAUUACAUGUUUCAUUCCCAAUUUCUGUGGGGGGGGAGGGGAUUUUUUAGAUGACUUAAUUAUUUUGUAUAUCUAAUUUUGGGAAAGCAAGUAUCUAAUACAUCUCCUUGUGACUUCUUAACUUUUUUGUUUGUAUGUUUUUCAAAGACACCUCUGUUCUUUACCAUGUUUUGAAGAUUGUUUAAAAUUCAUUUUCCUAAAUUCAUAUGGAAAUAAUGCUUUGAGAAUAUCAACAUUUUAUAUUAAACAUGUUUCCAAUUCAUUAAA